UCGUCAGUCCAUCCCUGGGCUGAACUCUACAUACAUGAAGGAGUACGAAUUGUUGGGUUUGCUCAGUCUAGCUUUGCAUCACCCAUAUGCACUGAACAUAGCAAAAGCUAAACUCAGCGUUUCACUUCACUUGUCUAAUUCAGAUCUUUGUUUGGUACCCUCAGUGUCAUGGUGGACUCCGGCGGAGUCACACAAAGUGUACGCCAAAUGUAGUGGAGUGGCACCGAAAGUACGGCGAACCAUGUACAAUAGAGUUCUAUGUACUUCAAGAAAAGUGUCUACCAUCGGCCGAGAGUGGAAGUGGAUCGAUCUUUUCCUUCAUCAUGAAAGUUGGAAGAUGGAACUGUGAACAGCUGACUCGACCUUGUGUACUGUCUACAUAAUAUUCGCGGCAUACUAUAGUGUACAUUUUAAUUGGGGUUGGGAUACUUGACAGCAUAGACAUAUCGUGCAAAUGACAUCCAACCAACAUGGCGCCUUUAAAGCGGUGUACCUAUCUCCAAUUGGGCUCGUUCCUGUUGAUUAUUAUUGCCCUGUUUUUUGUGAUACGUUACAUACCCUUCACCAAUAUGAUUGCUCGUAAUCGCUUGCCCAAACCGUUUUGGGAGCCACUGGAGGCUGAUCUGGCCCAAACCCGACAAGUUCGGAGAAUUCAAAAUCUUCUUCAUGCGAAAGAGCGAUCAGUGAAGCAGGAAUUGAUGAACUAUCCCUGGCCUAGUGGAAUGAAUUCAUCAUGGGUUAUUCCAAAAUAUGGAGGGAAUCCCAUUCGAGCUAUGAUUUUGACCACGUGGCGGAGUGGGUCCACGUUCUUGGGGGACGUACUCAAAUCUCAUCCGGCCACUUAUUACCAUUACGAGCCCCUGAUUCACUUUGGAAUCCACCAAAUCCGGAGCGGACCCAAGGCUCAUCGGGCUCAAGAGACCUUGGAGAAGCUCUUAAAAUGUAAUUAUAGCAAUUUAGAUGCCUAUUUUACCUAUGCGCAAAAGCAUCAUGAGACCUUUGCCCACAACGAGAGGGUGUGGAACUCGUGCCAACGGGGCAAAGAGCAAUCAUGCUGGAAUCCCCAAUUCUGGGGAAGCAUGUGCAAAUUGUUUCCCUUUCAAGUCAUCAAGACCGUCCGUGUUCGUGCCAACCUCAUUGAGCGCUUCCUGGAGCAAUCCAAGUCAUUGAACCUGCGAAUACUCUUACUUGUUCGAGAUCCUCGAGGCACGAUGCAAUCUCGAACCCAUCGGGUUUGGUGUCCGGGCAAUCCGGAUUGUGAAGAUCCUGCCAUGUUGUGUUCGGAUCUGGUGAACGAUUACAAAACUGCUCAGCACUUGACCAAAAGGGUUAUUCGCUAUGAGGAUUUUGCAGCGAAUCCUGAAGUCCAUAGCAAAGAAAUCCUGAAAUUUGUCGGAUUCCAAUCGCACGCGAAAAUUGACGAGUUCUUGAAAUCUCAUACCAAUGCCAAUAUCGGAGGCGUCUCGUCCACGUUCCGAGAUUCUAAAACUGCUCCUUAUCAUUGGAAAAAAGAUCUAUCAUUUGAUGUCAUUCAAACCAUACAAGGCAAAUGUCAAGAUGCUUUGAACCUGUGGGGUUAUCGAACCUAUGCCAACGAGUCUCAGUUACUUAAUCUACAUUCUGUGAUGCCAUUCGUGUUGAAGUGAUAUUACUUUGGUCUUACUAUUUGAUAACUUGAUGAAUCUUUAAAAUUUGUGAAACAAGCGGAUCAAAUCUCCAUAUUCAAGCAAGGAUCUUCAUCAUUCUGGACAAAUCCAUUUUGAUGAUAUAGUUGGGUUAGGUACUUGGACGAGGCCUUGGGAGUCCUUGGUCGUUCCGUAUCGUUGAAAUCCACAUAGUGAAGUCCAAACCUUUGACUGAAAGUAAUACUCGAACGUGACAUGGGCACUAACUUAUCCAAUGUCAAUCCCACAUAAUUGAUACCUAUGUCCAGCUCCCCACUCGAAAUUAUCCAAGAAACACCAUGCAUAAUAGCCCCGAACGUUCACCCCAUCCCAUCGGAUAGCUAGAUGAAAAGGUAAAUCCAUCCGUCAAAUCAUUAAUCACGACAUAACCGCCAAUGACUUCCACCUUUUAGGAGCUGAUUGAUGUAAUGCUUGUAGUAGUAAAUACGUGUCAAAUCAUCCAAAUUCCCAAGAUGAUCGCUCAUGCCAUUUUCGGUAAUAUAAAUCGGAUAGUCACCAUAUUUCCGUCGAAUCGUAUUCAUCAUAUUUCGAAUGCCCGUUGGCUCCACACGAAACCAUUUGGAGCCAGUACUGAAACCGUGCCGAAAUGUCGAUUCAUCACUACUACCACACGCUGUUCCUGGUGAGUUAUUGUUAUUUUCUCUUACGUAUACCACGUGGGGUCUUUGGUAGUGCCUACACCAAUGUCAGCGUUAUAGCUCACGUCCGACGCAUUGUAAAUCUGAUUGAAAAUGAUCUCGGUGGUGUAAUAGUUGAUGCCAAUAAAAUCGGCCGUGUUUGCAAUCAUCUCCAUCUCUUCUGAGGUGAAUUGAGGCAAU